GUUCCAUCACCAUAAUCUCUCGUCGUUUAGCGUAAACCACAAACGUGUCCACAAACAAAGACCCUUCUCCUAAAAAAAUACUUCUCCUCCGUACCAUAUACUUACCACUUGCCGGUGUUGUUGUACAAAGCAUCUUCAUUCUAAAACCAUUUUGAUAAUAAUAAAUGAUAAUCAUCUUCAAAACUUUUUAGAGCCAUGGAUAAACCUAAAGCAACACGUAUAUUGAUUAUGUGCUUCUUCAUCAUCUUCCUCUCCUCCAUACUCAUAAAUGAAGAAAAAGAUGAGAUCAAGACAACUUCUCUUUCACAAAGGGUCAAAAGGAUAAGUUCAAGCUAUGGAAAGAAGACUACGACACUGUUCUAUCAACUUCAGACCUAUCUAUUUCCUCCAAAUUUAGACUUUAGGGGAAGAGAUCCGGGUGGGGCCAAUGAAGGUGGUGGAAUGGGCGAGAAGGUGAAAGAGGCUGUUGGGAAGAGCUUGGAAAAGAGCAAAGCCACCGUGGAGGGCACUGCUAAAUCAGUAGCAAAGAAAGUGAAGAAAAGCUUGUCUCAUGAGAGAGAACCAGAUGCAUCAGAAGAGCUUUGAUCAAGUUUUUGGGAGGAGUCUAGACAUCUGCAUGUAUGAAAUACCUAAAUUAGCAAGCACUUUUAAUUCUCUAUAACGCUUUUGUACUUAAAAUCAAUCUCAAAGCAAUAAUAGCAUUUCAACAA